AUGUCGGCGCAGCAGCAGGCACCUGCCAAAAAGCAGCAGGAUCUGCAGACGGCCUACUCAAACUACAAGAACACACUCCAGCAAAUCGCCCAAAAAAUUGGGGAUAUCGAGCAGGAAGCUGAAGAACACAGGCUUGUUUUGGAAACGCUGGAGCCGCUGUCAGAGAAUCGCAAAUGCUUCCGAUUGAUCAAUGGCGUCUUGGUCGAGAGGACCGUCAAGGAUGUGGUGCCCGCCCUCAAGACGAACCAGGAGGGGCUGAGAAAGGUGCUCGACGACCUGGUCAAGCAAUACAAGACCAAGCAGGAUGAUCUCGACAAGUGGAAGAAGAAAAAUAAUGUACAGGUAGUGCAGCAGUGA